UGAAGAUAACAUUGUCUCUAAAAUAUAGGCGACAUUCCUAAUAUAUAUCACUUUGCAAAUGUAUAAGGACAUAGCACAUAUUUAAUGUUUAUUGUGAUUGCUUGUUAUUUCAAGAAACUCGAUUCGGUUGAGAUGAUUGCCAAUAGAGUAGAUAUGAAGCGGAAAGAAGUUAAAUUAGCAUAACAAAACGGAGCUUGAUCGCGGUUGCUCUCCUUCGCUCCCACCGAUAUUUCAUUGAGAAUUGGUAUUGUCAUGGCGUUACGCUCAUGUACGGAAGGCCUAGAUAUCCGUACAUAUCAUGCCUGCUUGUUGAGUAUAUUUACUGCAGCUGAUAAUACUAAUCAGCGCUUGUUCAAAUUCCAUGAGGUAACCUUGUUCAAGACUUGGAAAGGAAUUUAGGAGUUCGAUAAUCCGGAUUAAGGAAAGGACUAUAUCACUAGAUCAAUAAUAAGUGCUUGUGUUAGCGAAGCCAAAUUUAUAUAGACAGCAUUACAUAUAUUUAUAUUGUCUUCGUCUACAGGUUAGACUCCAUAUUAUAUAAUUUGUUUUCUUUUUAAUAACGAUGUCUUUCCUACGGAGACUGAGUCGAACAAAAAGCGUAGAAACAUCGGAAAACUCAGGCAAAGAUAAAGAUAAAACAAAACGAAAGAGCUUCAGCGGCACGGUGCCUGUGCCCAAAGAAGAGAAACAUUACGUGAAAGAACGUAGAAAUUCCGAGAAAGAGAAGAAAAAGUCAAAAUCUGAGUCCACAAACGGUGAUAGAGUAUCCGACUUGAAAUAUCCUCUUUUUUACGUCCAUUACUUAGGACGUGUACCAACUAAGUUGGAGUAUGGUCAUGCAGCCAUUGAAGGACCAGUCGACCAACUGUGUAAAUUAAGAGAAAAGGAAAAACUACCAAAACUUGUGCUGACAUUCAACCCCGAUGGUCUUUUCUUUCGGGAGAUCACAGGUCCUUUCAAUCGAGUUAAAAAGGAGGGCAUGUUCAUAUAUAUUCCAUUGCACAUGGUAACCUAUGGUGUCGGAUCCGUAGCACAUCCUAACGUAUUCGCCUGUGUCACUAGAACAGUUUUUGACAAAAAGAAAACGGAAUCAUCAGUUAUGUUCAUCGUUCAUGCAUUCCUUUGCGAUAAAUCAUCGGUUGCACAAAAAAUGACUUACUGGCAGUUACAAGCAUAUAUAGAAGCCUAUGAAACAUUGAAAAGAAAGAAAGAAUUACGAAUGCAAAGGAGACUAAGAAAUAGUUCAAAGGCAGAAACUGCAUCUAUUGAAACGGCAAGCACAACAUUGUCAUCCCAAGACGGAAGCUCAGCAAGUCGAUCUACUGAACGAAAAAGAGUAGAGGACUCAACUUUUAUAAAUCCUAAGCUUGAAAGUCAACAGCAAUCAAAUGAUAGCGAAACUUUACAAGCAAAGAAAACAAUUGAAACAAACAAUGGGUCCCAACUACAUGCACAAGUUCAUGAAGUACCAAGCGAUUCUACGAUAGCCGAUGACCAUACACAUGAAAUCGCCGAAUCUACCUCGGUUGGUGCUACAUCGGUUGGAUCUUCAAAAGAUUCUGCAAUAGGAGACGAACUUACAAGUGAGCAGACAAAUAAUGACACCUCUAAUAAGUCUCUUGUAACUGGUGAAGUCAAUCCGUUCUCUUUUGGAAAAGCUACUACCCCUGCGACCGACAGUGGCGACAUCCUUAGAAAUAGAGAAUCUGGUGAUAAUCUUGAUACUAUUAGCGUGGUUACUAUGCCAAUUGAUAAUGAGUCGGUUCCAAGAGAUGAGGCUUUUGAAAAAAGGAUAUCAGAGCUUAAUAAACUGAUGCAAGUUGAUGCAGAAGAUCUAAAGUCUAAAUUGAUCAAAGAAAAUCCAACACUUGUUAGGCGUCUAUAUUAUGGUACAAUAGAUCGACAUGGAGUGUUUCAUCGACAGGGCCUCAAUCUGGGAUUGGACUCGGACAAUAGCUACGCAUAACAUGCUAUGAAAACCUGGUUAAAUCAAGAAAUAAAAACAUUCUGUUCUACACUGUUCAGCAUCAGUUGUGUUGCUGUUGCUUUCUUCUUGUCAACGAAGAAUCAUACCCAUGCCUUGAUUGUCCAUUUGGUUGAUUGGUUAAUCGAUUGGUAUUUAUAAUCUUGUGAAUUUGUUCAAGUAAUUAAGUACAGUAGCUCCUUUUUUUGACUUAAUUGUAUUAAGACACUUUCGCUAGAUUCAUCUGGUGAUUUUUUUUCAGUAUCAAAUAUUUAUAUUACUCGAUUUAACUUUUAAUUUCAUUAUUCACUUUUACUUCAAUAAUUAAUAAUAGAAGUUAUAUGUAUGAAAUAAAGGGAAAUGAUUUAGAUUGCAAACAUUAGUUAUGAUACAAUUGGUUUUGUCUUCCAGAAAAGAUAAGUCGAUACUUCUGAAAUAUGUUAGUCCUAGGAUAUCGAUUUUUACAUUAUAAAUUUUAUGAUAUUGCACAGAAACCGGUGUAUGU